GUCCACACAGCAGAAGAAGUCAUGUCACGACUAUUGGGUGAAAUAAAACGCAGCAAUAAAACAGCCGCGGAGGUGUUGGAAAAGGCAGAUCUACGCACAGACUCGGAGAUCCAGUCACUGACUCGUGAAGAACUGCGCGACCUGUUUCCUGAACAUAAGCAUUUCAAACUGAGAAGGACCAUCUAUGACAUAGUACAUAAACAGAAGCCAAUUGGUGUGAUCCUAAGCGAACUGAAAGAGUUCAUCCCACAUGAAUCUUUCAGGACUGCUCUAACCAACAACGGAGUCUUGGUUGAUUACCUCUGUAUCCUGAAGGACAUUAAGAACCAAAUAAAUAAUGUCCAGAGUUUCCUUGAUGCUCACAUUGCUGUUCUGGAAGAAUUCAGCAAAAAUCCGCCAGAUCAGGAGACAGUCUCAAUUAAUCCAGUGAAGCUACCCAAUGGCCAACCUGAUGGCCGUUCACAAGGAGCACGAGGUACAGGUAUCUCAGACACCACUGGUCAAAUGAUGCUCCAUACUGGCCAAACUGGUGGCCAUCCACAAGGACCACAACUCACAUUGGAGUACAAGAUGAUUGUCAGCGGUAAAACCUUUAAUGCACAUCAACAGCUGAUGGAGAAAGUUCAGGAUCAGCUUCAGGAUCAGGUUCGGCUCAUUGAAAGCAGUCAGGAUUCCAAGAUCACUUUUGUCUUCUGCCCGAUCUGUUCACGCGUUGCAUCAGAUGUUGAGGCAGCCAUGACUGAUGUUAAAGAUGAUAAACGUGUCAUUCUGGUGUUGAUGCACCACACACGGGAGAGCAAGUACACAACACCUAUGAGAACAUGGUCUGCCUACGCUAACGUUGUGUUGCAUGUCAACGUUUUCUACCAUGAGACAAUGCGUGGAUUACUGAGGGAUCAACAAAAUGAGGCUGCUGUUACUCAGAUGCAAAAAAAAUUACUGGAAUGUUUCCUUCCACAAUGUGAAUAUUCCAGUGGAAAUGCUCAGUGUGUGGUUGCUAAACGUGGUGGUAGUACUUCUGGUAGAGGUGGUGGUAACAAUAGGCCUAACGCUGAUGGUAAUAGUGGUGUUUUUGGUAGACUAUUUGUGUGGCCAUGACAAGUUAAACAAUAUUUAAUGGAUUUCAUCAACAGUAAAAAAUAAAACAAUAAAAAAUAUGGAUUUAGACAAUUUACUGUUUGCAGAAAAUUAUUUUCUCCUCCAUGGUAAAAUAAGAUCAGCUACUGAGUGUGGUCUCAUGGUGUCAUGUAUUCCUGUUAAUCAAGGGUGUGAAUACUUAAGCUAAACACAAAGUUCUCUGCCCAUUUCCUGCUAAUGUGUUUCUAAUGCUACAUCAUGUUUUUUAUGCAAAAAAUCAACACUUAAAAAACUUUGAUUUAUUUAAAAUAAGAGUCAGAAUUUAUAUUGUAGAUCAAAGAAAAGAAAAAGGUUGACUUGAGCAUUUGACCUGUUGUUAACCAUCAUACUUUAUGGGGAGUUUUGGUUUAAAGUAAGUUCAAAUGGAACCUUAUUAUGAAACAGAAUGUCUAUAAUCAAAUGUCCAGUUUUCAGUUCUCCAGCUGCGACUGUUGUUUGUGACUUUUAGUAAGACUUGAAUGUACAUUACGUGAAGAAAGAGUGCAAAUGGCACAAAGUAGGUUAAUUACAAAUGAUCUUUGUUUGUUGAUCUGCUGUAGAACCGAUAUUAAACAAUUUAUGUAAAAAGAAAGAAAAAAACGUAUUUAACAUAAGAUAUUUUUUGCAUUAAAGCAUGAAUUUGCAUUUUGCUUUACCUUAUUGCAAAAUAAUUUUGCAAAAAACAUUUAAGAUGUGAUGAUUACUAUACCUAACACAUAACAAUAAACCGCAUAAAUGGGUGUAA